AUGCCGCCCGCCAUUGCCCGGCCGGGCACUACGAUGCUCAUGCCGCAACCAAACCAAGACGACAUUAAUGCUACGUGGGCGUAUCUACAACAAGGCGUCAACAGCAUCAUGGUUAACAUAGAUGGAGGAAUGACUAUGGAGACGAAAGCGGUCGGGCUUCACCAGUCGUCUUCUAUAGCGUCUGUUGCGCACAGAGGAGCACAUCUGCUUGGAGAAGAUUUGUACGAGAAAUUGACUGAUUACCUCACUGGGCAUCUCGAAGGUCUCCGCGAAGAGGCGUCUCACCAUGGCGGCGAAGCGCUUCUCGCUUUCUACAUACGCGAAUGGGAUCGAUACACUGUCGCCGCGAAGUACAUACACCAUCUUUUCCGGUACCUGAACCGUCACUGGGUAAAGCGUGAAAUGGAUGAGGGCAAGAGGAAUGUGUACGAUGUCUACACGUUGCAUCUUGUUCAAUGGCGCAGCAUCCUUUUUGACAAGAUCUCCGUUCAAGUCAUGAACGCUGUGCUGAAGCUUGUCGAACGACAGAGAAACGGCGAGACGAUCGAGUACCUGCAGAUCAAACAGGUGCUUGACUCGAUGGUUUCUCUUGGCCUGGACGACAGCGACUCCAGCAAAACCACACUGGACACAUACCGGUACCAUUUCGAGCGGCCGUUCUUAGAUGCCACCCAGAAAUACUACCAGGACGAGAGCAGCCGAUUUGUGGCAGAGAAUCCGGUUGUCGAAUACAUGAAAAAGGCAGAGAUUCGGUUGCAAGAGGAGGAGCAGCGCGUGCAGAUGUACCUUCACCCAGACAUAGCAAUACCGCUGAAGCGGUGCUGCAACCAGGCGCUCAUCGCGGACCACUCAGCCCUUCUGCGGGACGAGUUCCAGUUUUUGCUGAACAACGACCGCGAAGAGGACAUGGCACGAAUGUACAAUCUUCUGUCUCGGAUACCCGAAGGAUUGGACCCGCUGAGGACACGUUUCGAAGCUCACGUUCGUAAUGCUGGUUUGGCCGCCGUGGCCAAGGUGGCUGCGGACACGGAGAAGCUAGACCCCAAGGUGUAUGUCGACGCGCUGCUCGAGACGCACACACAAUACCAAGGCUUGGUCAAGCGCGCUUUCAACGACGAGCCAGAGUUCACACGCUCUCUCGAUAACGCGUGCCGCGAGUUUGUGAACCGCAACGAUGUCUGCAAGGCGGGUUCGAACAAGUCUCCAGAGCUCCUGGCCAAAUACGCCGAUAUGCUGCUGAAGAAAAGCGGGACUGGCGUCGAAGAGUCCGAGUUGGAGGUCACCCUUACCCAGAUCAUGACCGUUUUCAAGUACAUUGAAGACAAGGAUGUGUUCCAGAAGUUCUACUCGCGAAUGCUGGCUCGCCGCCUGGUGCACACCAGCACCUCGUCAGACGAUGCAGAGACGAGCAUGAUCAGCAAGCUGAAGGAGGCGUGUGGCUUUGAGUACACCAACAAGCUGCAGCGCAUGUUUCAGGACAUGCAAAUUUCCAAGGAUCUAAAUGCCGGGUUUAAGGAGCACGUGCAGGUCAUGGACGGUUCCUCCCUAGACGGCCAAUACUCCAUUCUAGGCACGGGCUUCUGGCCGCUGUCCCCCCCCACCACGACGUUCAGCCCGCCAGCGGAGGUGCAGAACGACUGCGACAAGUUUACGCGGUACUACAAGAACAAGCACGAAGGCCGCAAGCUGACCUGGUUGUGGCAGCUGUGCAAGGGCGAGCUGAAGACGAGCUACUGCAAGAACAGCAAAACGCCGUAUACAUUCCAGGUCUCGGCGUACCAGAUGGCCAUCCUGAUGCUGUUCAACGACAAGGAUAAGUACACAUACGAGGAAAUUGUGUCGGCAACGCAGCUGAACAGCGAAUCUCUCGACCCGAGUCUUUCCAUCAUCCUCAAGGCCAAGGUACUCCUUGCAUCCCCGGCAGACGGCGACAAGGUCGGGCCUGGCAAGACUUUCAGCCUUAAUUAUGACUUCCGCAACAAGAAGAUCCGUAUCAACCUUAAUGUCGGCGUCAAGUCGGAGCAGCGACAAGAAGAGGCCGAGACGAACAAGACGAUAGAAGAGGACCGGAAACUGUUGCUCCAGUCUGCUAUUGUCCGUAUCAUGAAGGCUCGGAAACGCAUGAAGCAUGCGCAGCUCGUUAGCGAGACUAUCACGCAGAUCAAAGGCCGAUUCUUGCCCAAGGUCGCGGACAUCAAGAAGUGUAUUGAGAUCCUGCUGGACAAGGAAUAUCUCGAACGGCUAGACGACGACGAGCUAGGACUCCCGUUCUCUUCGACUAUCCUGACAAAGGGCGCCACAGCGCUCUGGAGCACAGGAGUAGCCAGUGCAUCGACGCAAUACUUUCUUCUGGGCGCAUCUGUGCGAUUCAGCUCAUCUGCAGCUUCGACUGCGGCUCAGUCCCGAGUUACGGCGGCGAUGAACGGUACAGCAGGAGCAGCGGCUCUGGGCAAGCGGAAGACAGCGCAUCCCAGCGACGGCGACCGGCCGUCUAAAUUACAGCGGUCUCUGAACGGCGGGACAGCAGACGAGGCAGGCGACAGCGACGACGUGCCCAACGACGACGCGAUGCUGGACGGCGAGGAGGCGAGCGGGGCCGAGGAAGACAGCCUUGGCAGCGAAGACGGCUUCGAAGACAGCGAGGCGCUGGACGGCAGCAGCGGCCGGGCAGCAAAGCGGCAUGCGCCACCGCCGGUGGUUCUCGCGUCGGGCGCGGCCGAGUCAGCCGAGUGGCAGGAGACGAUCCAGCGGGUGGUGUGCAAUGUGGUAUCGAUCCGGUUCUGCAUGACGUGCUCGUUUGAUACGGAACCGGCCCUGACCAGCGAGGCGACCGGCUUUGUUGUCGAUGCCGAGAGAGGAUACAUCUUGACAAAUCGACACGUUGUCGGGUCCGGGCCGUUCUGGGGCUACUGCAUCUUCGACAACCACGAGGAGGUGGACGCGUAUCCGGUGUACCGCGACCCUGUGCACGACUUCGGCAUCUUGAAGUUUGACCCGAAGGCGAUCAAGUACAUGCCUAUUCAGGCUCUGAAGCUGUGUCCCGACCUAGCCAAAGUGGGUGUGGAAAUUCGAGUGGUGGGAAACGAUGCGGGCGAGAAGCUCAGCAUUCUUUCGGGCGUCAUCAGCCGUCUCGACCGCAACGCGCCGGAAUAUGGGGACGGAUACUGCGACUUCAACACGAGCUACUACCAGGCUAGCGCGGCGGCCAGCGGCGGAAGCUCCGGCAGUCCCGUAGUUAACAUCGACGGCAAUGCAGUGGCGCUACAGGCAGGCGGACGAGCGGACGGAGCAUCGACGGAUUACUUCUUGCCGCUGGACCGGCCGCUGCGGGCACUGCGUUGCCUGCAGGAGGGCAAGGCGAUUGCGCGCGGCGACAUUCAGUGCCAGUUUCUGCUGAAACCGUUUGACGAGUGCCGGCGGCUGGGGCUGUCGGCAGACUGCGAGGCAGAGAUGCGAGCGGCCUUUCCGACGGAGACGAACAUGCUGGUGGCAGAGAUCAUCCUUCCGUCAGGGCCAUCGCACGGCAAGAUUGAAGAGGGCGACGUGCUGGUGCGGGUGAACGGCGAGCUGAUCACGCAGUUUGUGCGACUGGACGCGAUCAUGGACUCGCAUGUGGACCAGACGGUGCGACUGGAGCUACAGCGCGGCGGCUCGACGGUGUUGGUGGACGUGACGGUGGGCGACCUGCACAAGAUCACACCGGACCGGUUCGUGUCGGUAGCAGGCGGCAGCUUCCACAACCUGUCGUACCAGCAGGCGCGGCUGUACGGGGUAGCAUGCAAGGGCGUGUACGUGUCGGAGGCGUCGGGAUCGUUCCGGUUCGACAGCAGCGACAACGGGUGGCUGGUGCAGUCGAUCGACCACAAGAAGGUGACGGACCUGGACGAGUUUGUGGAGGCGAUCCGGACAGUCCCGGACAAGUCACGGGUGGUGGUGACGUACCAGCACCUGCGCGACCUGCACACAAAGCACACGACGAUCAUCUACGUGGACCGGCACUGGUCGUCCAAGAUCCGGCUGGCAGUGCGCAACGACACUACGGGACUGUGGGACUUUAGCGACCUGGGCGACGCGCUGCCGGCGGUGGCACCGGUACGACGGACGGCAUCGUUCAUCCAGCUGAAGCACAUGCCACACACAGCAGUGGCAGACCUGGUGCGCAGCUUCGUGCACGUCAACUGCUACAUGCCGCUCAAGCUGGACGGGUUCCCGAAGAACCGCAAGUGGGGGAUGGGGCUGGUGAUCGACGCGGCCAAGGGACUGGUGGUGAUCUCACGGGCAAUUGUGCCAUACGAUCUAUGCGACAUCACGGUGACGAUUGCGGACUCGAUCGUGGUGGAGGGCCGGGUGGUGUUCCUGCACCCGCUGCAGAACUACGCGAUCAUCCAGUACGACCCGGCACUGGUGGACGCGCCAGUGAUGAGCGCACGGCUGAGCAGCGAGGAGCUCUCGCAAGGCGCAGCGACCAACUUCAUUGGGUACAACCGGAUCGGACGGAUUGUGCACGCGGCAACGACGGUGACAGAGGUGUUUGCAGUGGCCAUUCCGGCGAACCCAGGCGCACCACGAUACCGUGCAGUCAACGUGGACGCGAUCACGGUGGACACCAGCCUCAGCGGCCAGUGUGGCAGUGGCGUGCUGGCAGCAGACGAUGGAACGGUGCGAGCGCUGUGGCUGACGUAUCUGGGCGAGCGGUCGCCAGCGACACAUCGGGACGAGGAGUACCACCUGGGCCUGGCGACGCCGACGCUGCUGCCGGUCAUCGAGCAGAUCCAGCGUGGCGUGGUGCCGCGACUGCGCAUGCUGCCGGUCGAGGUGCGGUCGAUUCAGAUGUCGCAGGCCCGGCUGAUGGGCGUGUCGGAGGAGGUGAUCAGCAAGGUGUCGCUGGCCAACACGGCGCAGCACCAGCUGUUCAUGGUGACGAAGCGCACGUUCGAGCGGGCGGUCGAGCAUGCGGCCGACAGCGGUCUGCUCGAGGGCGAUAUUCUGCUCUCGCUCAACGGCCGUCUGAUCACGCGGAUCGCCGAGCUGGACGUCAUGUACAACCACGACCAUCUGGACGCCGUCAUCGUGCGCGAUUGCGCCGAGAUCAAUCUGCGUCUGGCCACCGUCGCUGCCGACGACCACGAGACCGACCGGGCUGUCUCCUUCUGCGGUGCCGUCCUGCAUCGCCCGCAUCACGGCGUGCGCCAGCAGAUCAGCAAGCUCUUCAGCGAGGUCUACGUCUCGGCGCGCACCCGUGGCUCGCCGGCUGCCCAGUAUGGCCUGGCCCCGACCAACUUUAUCACACACGUGAACGGAGAGCCGACACCGGAUCUGAACGCCUUCCUGGCUGCGGUCGUGAAGAUUCCGGACAAUACAUACUUCCGCCUCAAGGCUGUCACCUUUGACAGCAUGCCGUGGGUCGUCACCAUGAAGAAGAAUGAACACUACUUUCCCACGGUCGAGUGGAUCAAGGACACCGCCGCGCCCUGUGGCUGGCGCCGCGUCACGUACGAGGGCGGCGGCAAGGCCGUCGAGGGCGAACCGUCCGAGGGCGUCGUGGUGCCGAUUAUCGAAGACACCGGCGACAUUGCGGCUGAGUAA